CAUACUAGUUAGGCCCAACGCAACCCUCCUGAAGUCCUCCUCUUUCGCAGCCCGGCCUUCUCACCACGCGAACCGCGAGCACGACGCCGGCGACGAGGACCGCCGCCGCCGCCGAACCCUGCCCAAAGCGAGGCAGCCGACGAGCCGGCGGAGAUGCUGCUGGAGGAGCUGCUCCGCUGCCAGAUCCAGGAGUGGUAUCCGGCCUUCCGGCGCCACACGGUCCCCACCGCCAUCAUCCCGCUCCCGGCUGCCUUCCUCCGCUACCUCGCCGGCCGGACCGCCUACCCCGACCCCGACGAGGGCGAUCAGGGGCCGCUCCCCUUCGUCCUCCCGACGCUCACCUCCGGCCGCGCGCCCUUCCCGCCGCUCCAGGGCCACUUCCCGGACCCCGUCUCCCUCCUCGACCGCGACAACACCGACCCCCUCUUCGGCGACUCCGACUCCGACGACGAGGGCGAGGGCCUGCUCCCGCCCGCGUUCCCGGAGCUCGAGGCCGCGGUGGACGCCGCCAUCGCCGACCUCGGCGGGGCCGCGCUCCCCAAGCUCAACUGGAGCGCGCCCAAGGACGCCGUCUUCAUGGCCGCCGACGGCACCGUCCGCUGCACCUGCUUCGCCGAGGUCGCCAUGCUGCUCCGCGCCUCCGACUGCGUCGCCCACGACCUCGUCUCCGCGCGCUCCUCCUGCCAGGACUUCGUGCGCGCCAACCGUGUUCGACGGAAUGCCGCAGAGGGUAGUCUGAGUGACCCUGGUGAGAACUGCAGCGAGGUAGGUGCCCGCGGCGGUGGGAGUGAUGCGCCGGAAGAGGAUGCUGAGCAAGAAAGCAGUGAUGAUGAUGAGACUUGGGUGGACGACGGGUUCCAGUACUACCUCGCGCUCCGCAAGUGGUACCCAGGCCUCCGCCCCGAGUCGGAGUUCCGCUGCUUUGUGCGGGGGCGGAAGCUGGUCGGUGUGUCGCAGAGGGACCCGUCUGCCUACUACCCUUCUCUGCCUGGGUGGAGCGCUGAGGUACAGCCCAAGAUCGAGGAUUUCUUCGAAGAAUUCAUCGAGCCACAGUUUGCUUCAGAGAAUUACACGUUUGAUGUGUAUGUGAGAGCCGAUGGUCGGGUGAAGCUGAUCGACUUCAAUCCUUGGGGCGGCUAUACCCUGCCGCUGCUGUUC